CACGACUUACCAGCUAUCAAUGCGAAUAUUCAGUUGCAGCGUUUAUAAAUUUCUUCGUAAUUAUUUUGCCACCAAGAAGUAGAAUUGAGCCUAAUAUGGUAUUGGUUUUUGCAGGGAAUUUAUAUAUACCGAUUGUUGUCACAUUUAUAGUUCUAAUUAUAGUUUGGAAGAUAACUACUAAAAAUUCAGUAGAGGAGACGAUAUUUACUAUAUACAAACUUCUUGUAAUAGUUCAGUUGCAGUUUAGGCAACUAAAAGACAUUAAAUCCAGUUUGCUGUUAAUAUUCAUCUUAUAUUACUGUUUUCACAUAAAUUGUUUUCAUCAAACAAAACUUAGCUCAGUUUUGACGAGUCCAGUAUUGAGCCCGAAAAUAAAAAAUGUGGAACAAUUUCUUAAGACAGAUUACAUGCUGCUAAGUGAACACGGUAUAGAAGAAAUGGUUCGGCCCAGAGGAAGAGAAACUUUUAAUAAGAUAAAAGAAAAAAGGAUUGAAACGGAAAACGCAGUUGGAGAACUUGAACGUUUUUUUAAAGAACCGAAAUAUGGAAUAGCCAUUUUAGGUAGUCAUCUGAAUUUAGUCAAAAAUCUACAAGACAUUGAAGUUAUGUAUGAUGAUCCGUUGGUGUAUAUGACCACUCACAUACUUUUAAGGAAAAAUCAUCCAUUGUUGGCUAAAAUAAAUUAUUGGAUAUUAGCAUUUCAAGAAGCAGGAUUGGUACAGAAAUGGUUUCAUAACGCUACUUUAAUAUAUGAAAGAAUAAACUACGAGGUUUAUAAACCCGUUCAUCAUAAAUUAACUCUAACCAAUUUUACAGUUGUAGCAAUUGGCCUUGCUAGAUACGAACUCAGCUCGCCGGCAAGGACCGAGGAUGCAUCAAUACCGACGCAGUUCCACUAA